GAGGGCUGCGGGGCCGGGCCGGGGCCUGGCGGUGCCGGGGCGGCGCAGCGCGGCGGGGCUGACGUCAGGCAGGGCCGGCCAGGAGCGGCGGUGGCGGCGGCAGCAGGAGGUAUUGUGAAAUACUGACUGCUCACCCCCAUCUUCCUCUUCUGUCCACCGGAUAAAGUAACAAUGGCAUUUGUGAAGAGUGGCUGGCUGUUCCGGCAAAGUACUAUUUUACGGCGCUGGAAGAAGAACUGGUUUGACCUAUGGUCUGAUGGCCGUUUAAUAUUCUAUGAUGAUCAGAAUCGUCAUGAUAUAGAAGAUAAAAUCCACAUGCGAAUCCAUUGCAUCAACCUCAGAGUGGGGAAUGAAUGUCGAGAUUUCCAGCCUCCAGAGGGGAAGCAGAGGGACUGUUUACUGCAGAUUAUUUGUCGUGAUGGAAAGACAGUCAACCUCUGUGCAGAAAGUGCAGAUGACUGCCUGGCAUGGAAAAUUGCUCUUCAGGAUGCCAGAACACAUACAGGCUACGUGGGAUCUGACGUGAUGUAUGAUGAGACAGCCAUCUCCUCAGCCCCUCCUCCCUAUACAGCUUAUGCUACACCAUCACCUGAGGUUUAUGGCUACAGUCAGUACAAUGGUGCAUAUCCUGCGACAGGUCCUCAAGUCUUCUAUGCCUCCAAUGGACAAGCCUAUGCUGUUCCCUACCAGUACCCGUACCAAGGACCUUACGGCCAGCCCCCUGCAAACCAUGUCAUUAUUCGAGAGCGGUACCGUGACAGCGAUGGAGACCUUGCACUCAGCAUGCUUGCUGGAGCAGCGACUGGAAUGGCUCUGGGAUCAUUAUUCUGGGUCUUCUAGACUACCCAUUCCUAAUCUUUGUAGUUCCAAAAACCUUUGUGUGCAAUAAUCUAUUGGCAAUGUUGUUUACUGUUCAACUUUUAAAAUGCAAUAGUUAUUUUUCAGUAGCAGCAUCUUAAUAACUGAUUCUUAACUGUCCAAAGGAGAGUUUAAAGGCACUAUUUAGUUAAGCAGUUAGAGAAGAUGUGUUGAACUCUGUUCUGGUGUAGUAAGAUCUGUAGUGAUAAGGAUCAAUAUGAGCACCAAUGUAACACACUAGCAGUCAGUAGCUUAAUGAACAGACUUAACAUAAACAUUGUAGAAGGAUAUUUUUGGGGGGGUCUAAAAUUCAGGCCAAAUAGAAGGCUUAUAGGAGCCCUGAAUCAGCAUGUAUAUACAUUACUGGUUUCUGAACAUUUCCCACACAAGCAUACAGCUCAGCUCCAAGUCCUUGGCAUUAGGCAAUCUGCCAUGCUUAAGGACUUUCUGCUUUUAAACUUGCCUGCAGAUGGUAGUGUGCUUUCUUAAAUGGAGUCCUAUACUUGUCUUUGACACCAUCUAGGCAAAGUUGUCUGAAAACAUACAAAGCAAACUGCUAAGAAGCAGUGGCAGUCCUCAGUUUUUAUUCUCCCAGAAAUAUGAAUGACCAGUGGCAAGGAAGACCAGUAUGUGGUGUUCCAGCUCACUCUUUAUCCUGAAUCACUCCCCUCUGUUCAAAUGGAAGCAAUGGAUCUUUAGUUUUGCAAGUUGUUCUCCUUGUCUGUAGCAGUCAGUCUCAUCAGACGCUGUAACCACCACACUGAGGAAGAAGCCAUUGCCUGAUACCUCUGCUCAUGAUGACAUUGCUGUCUCUGCAGGAGGAGAGCUAACUUGAACAACCCUUGCCUUGUCAGCCCUGCCAUUUUUCCCUCUGCAUGCAGUAAUAGUCAAGAGAGAAGAGACACAAACAGCACAAGUGCAGACAGGCACUUUGGUAUCAGCUGCCUUACCACAGCUGGGAUAACAUCUGCUUCUCCUCAGCCUCUAAGGCUUCCUGAACCACGUUCAUGAUUUGCAACUAGGUUUAAGCACAGCUGAGACUGGGUUUGUUCUAUGCACAGUACCCCUCACCUAUAACAGGUUUCUUCUUUGCUUCCAUGACUUAAGGAAAACACUCCCAAGGAACCUACGUGGCUGUUCAUGGUUUUGCAGCUGGUUCCAUACACAAUGUGCUCCUGCAGGCUGCUGUGCUAUGAACUGAAACCCAGAGUGCAACCGUUGUGUGUUGUAGUGUGUUUCAUUAUCCUGCUCUAAUCCAUGCUGAGCUGUGCUUGGCAGAGGAAGGAAAGCUGAGAAGAAAUGCACCUUUCUUAAUGAAGUAAAAAGAAGCAGGGUACCCAAGUUGAAUUCUGUAUAGUAAGAGGACUUAUUUUUAUACUUUCACUUUCAUCUUCCUGUAAUCAUACUGUUGUAAUGUUAAGGCUUUCUUCUUUUUAUGCUUUCAUUCAGAAGUAAAUUUAUUUCCUCAAAGUUCAGAGGGUUUCAAGUAUGUCAGAAAAGAUGAAAGUAGAUGAGAAUUUGCAUCUGUAUAAGCACAGGUGAAGCUCUGACAUUUUUCGUUUUGUGCUAAUGCUGUUUUGGCUGUAUCCUAUGUAUUUAAGCAAUGGAGGUCUUAGACAAGUUUUGAUAACAGGCAAGGGAAAUGCUGAGUUUUCCUGACUCUUAGAACCAACACCAAUUAACUGAAAUCAUCAGAAGAAAAAACGUAUGUUGUCUUGGUUGCAUUACUAAGAGCGGGCCUAAUCCAGGGAUUGUAAACUUUCAAGAAGCUUCGGCUUGGAGCCAUAUAUCAAUGUCCAUGCAUGUCCCUUCAAAGAUUAAUAAAAGCUGCAUAUGUUCUGCCAAUGAUGUGUAGUAAGAAGGCUUUACUUGUUGUAAACAUCUUUUUAAAAAACAUCUUUUUUAAAAAAAGUGUCCCUCCCAAAGUCUUACAUCUGAAAACAGCCAUUAGCUUCUCCUAGUUACAGGUGGGGGACUAAGGAGGACUCCCUCUUUCAGAGGGAGGGUACGGGCUUAUGAACUAGGGAGGAGGUUGGUGGGCAGUGUUUACGCACAGAGCAACUGCACUGACUCCUGGCAUGUUUCUGGUGCUGAAGAACAUUGAGCUGUGUCUAGACAGAGCUACCCUGAAUGUCAUACAACAUGGGCUUCACUUUGUUCUUCAGUGAAGAUUCAGUAGGUGAUGGAACCAGCUAAGCAAAUUGAGCAAAGGAAAAAAUUCCUAAUUCUUCCUCAAAUGUGUUUGUCUUUUCCUCCUCAUGAUAUAGCUUUGAUAGAUAUAUCCUGAAGAGUAGCAUUUAGCAAUUUUUCCCCUUCUCCUAAAUCCUUCAUGUUCUUGCACUAUCAUAAAUGCUGCUUUUCAUAUGCACACGUUCUCAAUAAUUAAUAGUAAAAUAUUCUUAGCAAUAAAAUUCAUAUUUAAGUACAA